CGGCUUCAAGGUGAUAAGGUUAGAUCGUUUCCUACCAGGUGUUUUAAUAUAUUUUUAUAUAAGUGUUGAGUAAAUUGUAAUUAACCGUAUAGUUUGUUUGCCCAAUAUAGAAUCAACGAAAUAAUUCCAUUUUGUAUUUCUGUGAUAUGAAACUUUUUAAAUCAGUGAGAGAGGGAAAACUCCCACAAGUAUUUCCUACGUCAUGUGUAUAACGGAGCGUUAACUGUCCAAUCAGGCUGCUCCACGAGAAGUUGCCACGUUAAAAGAUAUCUUCGGUUCAGAGAACUUCAUUCUUGUUAGCGUCUUCUCCCGGUUCAGUGCUUUAGCAUGUUUAUUGGCACGUUCGUCUUGUUUUUAAUAUGCGGAAGCGUAUUCUGCUCCUUGAAAGAAGAAGAAGGCGUUCUUGUCUUGGACAAGAACAAUUUCAAAAAUGCCAUCACUAGCCAUGACUAUGUUCUUGUCGAAUUCUAUGCACCUUGGUGUGGACACUGCAAAGCUCUUGCCCCUGAAUAUGCAAAAGCUGCUUCUAAACUAAAAGACUUAGGAUCCCCUAUCAAACUUGCCAAAGUCGAUGCGACAGAAGAAACUGAACUUGCUGAGAAACAUGGUGUCCGAGGAUACCCUACUCUUAAAUUCUUCAAAAAGGGGUCCCCAGUAGAUUAUUCUGGUGGGCGACAGGCUGAUGACAUUGUUAGUUGGGUUACCAAGAAGUCAGGUCCACCUGCUAAAUCGUUGUCUGGUGUAAGUGAAGUCAAGGAAUUUGUCGAGCAAGGUGGAAAUGUAGUUGUUCUUGGUCUGUUCAAGAAUCAAGAGAGUGAUGCUGCCAAGCAGUUUAUUUCAGUUGCUUCUUCAAUUGAUGAAAGUCCAUUUGGAAUAUCAUCUGAUCCUGAAGUUCUUAAAGAAUAUGGAUCUGAAGAUGGGGAAGGAAAAGUCAUUGUCUUUAAAUCGUUUGAUGAUGGAAAAGCCGAAAUCGAACAUGACAAGAUGGGAGAUAACGACAAUCUUAGAAACUUUAUUCUUUCUGAAUCUCUUCCUCUGCUCAUUGAAUUCAACCAUGAAAGUGCUCAAAAGAUCUUCGGUGGUGGCAUCAAAUCUCAUCUGUUGUUCUUCUUGUCUAAGAAGCAAGGACAUCUUGACCAACUUCUUCCACCUUUGAAACCACUUGCUAGGCAGUUCAAGAGCAACCUCCUCUUUGUGACAAUUGACGUUGAUGAGCCUGAUCACAACAGGAUAAUGGAAUAUUUCGGAAUCUCUGCCACUCUGGUACCAACUAUGAGGAUCAUCCGUCUCGAAGAAGACAUGCUCAAAUACAAACCAGACAGUGAUGAUUUGUCUGCUGAUAAUGUUAAAGGAUUUGUCCAGUCUUAUAUUGAUGGAACUCUCAAGGAACACCUCCUCUCGCAACCUGUUCCAGAAGAUUGGGACAAACAGCCAGUUAAGGUAUUAGUUGCUACCAACUUUGAUGAAGUCGUCUUUGACAAGGAGAAGCAUGUUCUUGUUGAAUUUUAUGCACCAUGGUGUGGUCAUUGUAAGCAGCUUGCUCCUAUUUAUGAUCAGCUGGGAGAAGCUUUCAAAGAUAGAGAUGAUGUCGUUAUUGCCAAAAUCGAUGCUACUGCCAAUGAAUUGGAACAUACUAAGAUCAGCUCAUUCCCAACUAUCAAAUUGUACAAAAAAGGAGAUAAUGAAGUCGUUGAUUAUAACGCUGACAGAACAUUAGAGGGAAUGACUAAAUUCAUCGAGUCCGGAGGAGAGUAUGGAAAAGGUGUCAAGGAAGAAGACGAACCUAAGGAGGAAGAAGAAGAGGAAGAGGAGAAGGGAGAUUUACCUACAAAGGAUGAAUUGUAAAAUGUUGGUAUUAGGAAAGUUUAAUUUAAAAAAGAAAAUAUCUUAAAAUCAUUUUGAUAAUGUUCUCAACUCCAUUCUUUGAGGUCAUUUGGUCUUUGAGAACGUGCAGCUCUUACACUUUUUCACAUAUUGUGUGAUAAAGUUUCCUAAAAUUAUAAUAUAAUUGAGACUGAUAAUGCGUGAGAAACAAUAUAACUAUAGUGAUGCAGUGUUCCAAGAGUGCUAUAUAUAUAAAUAACUUUAUAUUUAAAUUUCCUAAUUGAUAUUGUUCUUAUAGGCUUAAUAAAGUACUGUUAGAUUCCGUUUGUUGCAUUCCUUACUAUUUAAUUUUUUUUUUAAACAAAAUUAACUAAGGAUAUUUUAUUUCCUUUUUUUUAUUUGUAUUUUGGCAGUAUUUAUUUUUAAAAAACACAUCGGAGUUUCUAUUUUAUUAAAAAAAAAAAAGAAAAGAACCUUUUUAAUUACUAGUUAGUAGACAUUAGCUGACUAAUAUAUAUGUGUACAAAGAAUUUAAUUGUAAACUAUUCAUCACAUUUUUUUAUUGUAAUAUUGUAAACCAAAUUUAUACAAUCUUCCUUCUUUUUUUUUUAUGUUUUUCUAUUGUUGGAUUUUUCAGAAAAUAAUUUUGUUGUAAAUUUAUUAUUUUAAUAAACUGUUAUUAAGUAUGAAAUGUUUGUAAAACUCUGCUAGAUGCAUUUGUUGUUCAACUUGAAUUUUAUGUUAGAUUAAUUCAAUCAUUUAUAAGAACAGAUGACUCAAUUGUAUAUUUAUAACGUUUGUCUGUGAUUUGCAAUCUAAAUGUUCAUAAAACUGUCAACGAUAAGCUCUUUUAAUUGGCGUAUGAACUACUAACUUUAUAAAAUACAUGAUAAUUUCUCUAAUUGUGUC